GCAGCACCGCGCUCACGAAGCGUGGAUGGAGCGGGUGGCCCAGGAGCUCUUUGAGCAUCAGCGCAACCUCCCCGAAAAGCGGGGACGAGCCCGCGACCUGGAUGAGUACCGCCUGAAGAAGGAGUAUCUCCUCUACGAGAGACGUCGCUAUGAGACCUACGUGCAGGUGCUGGAGACGUGGAUCAGCGCUGGCGCUCAGGACCUGGAGGAGUGGGAAGCCCAAGCGGGGCCGGUGGUGGCCCCCCCAGACCUCCCCACCCUGACCAAAGCCCACUCCAGCCCCUCGCUGGCCCCCGAGCCCCCCAUCACCCCCACCAUCCGCGUCAAGAGGAACAUCUCCGAGCGCCGGACAGUGAGGAAGAUCGUCCCCAAACGCAACAAGAACCUGCUGUGAUGGACACGGGGGGGGGACA